UCCGUAGGACCUCCCACUUCGCAUCCUCCGAGCUGCUCCUCUCACUCCCUCCCGGGCUCCGCUCCCCUCUCCCCGCCCACUCCGCUCGCAGACCAGCGCAGAUGCCGGCUGCCUGCAGAGCUGCCCAGAGCCCGCGGAGCCUCCCCGCCACCGCAGCUUUUCCUCCUAACUUCUUGGACUGUCCGUGAGUGGGGAGAUCCAGAGGAGGCGAGGUGGUGGCUGAAUUCCUGAGAAUGCAACUGCAGAAAAACAGGAUUAACAUCCAGAGAACUGCUACCACGAGAAUUGGUGUUAAGAAUGGAGAGCUCGCUGCCAGAGGGAUCACUCUGGGGCUGUCCUUCAGAAGAGCCAUCUCAGGAGUCCCACGCUCUCCUGCAGGACCUGUCUGCCUUCAUAGACUCUAAAGAACAAGACUCUGUGACCUUCAAAGAUGUAGCUGUAGACUUAACCCAGGAAGAGUGGACCCUGAUGGAUAGGUCCCAGAGAAAGCUGUACAUUGAUGUAAUGCUGGAGAAUAUCACUCAUCUGGUCUCCGUAGGCUGUCAGUUCUUCCAGUCAGAUAUGAUUGCCCAGUGGGAGCAAGGAGGGGAGCUGUGGAAGGAAGAGAGAGGACUGGCCCAAGGCUGGGGUCCAGUUAUUUCAGGCUUGGAAAACAGCUAUCAAAAGCAAGAAAUAAUAUCUAUGGAAGACAUCUGCAGGGAGGAUGCAUCUAACUACAAGACAAUAAUACAGAAAUGUCACUCAGGAGAAGACCCCUUUGCACAUAUUGGGUAUGAUGGAGUUUUCACUCACCCCUACACAUUGACUCAGCAUGUUUUAACUCACACUGGACAGAGACCCUAUAAAUGGAGUGAAUGUGGAAAACCUUUCAGUCAUAGAAAUGACCUAUAUAGACACCAGAAACCUUAUAUGGAAGGCAAACUUUAUAAAUGUAACGAAUGUGAGAAAUAUUUCCAUAAUAGAAGAAAGCUUUGCAUACACCAGAGAAUUCACACGGGAGAGAAACCCUAUAAAUGUGAUGAAUGUGGAAAACAUUUCAGUCGAAACUCCCACCUUCGUUCCCAUAAAAUAACUCACACGGGAGAGAAUCCAUUUGUCUGUAAUCAGUGUGGGAGUCAUUUCAGGUAUUUUUCAUCUUUAACUAGACAUAAGCAUAUUCAUUCUGGAGAGAAGCCUUAUGAAUGUCAUCUGUGUGGAAAAGCCUUUGUUCAAAGCUCUUAUCUUAAACAACACGAGAGAACUCAUACUGGAGAGAAACCAUAUAAAUGUCUCCUAUGUGGAAAAGCCUUUGUUACAAGCUCCAAUCUUAGAGAACAUGAGAGAACCCAUACGGGAGAGAAACCAUAUAAAUGUCAUCUAUGUGGGAAAGCUUUUGUUCAAAGCUCUUGUUUUAGACAACAUGAGAGAACCCACACUGGAGAGAAACCAUAUAAAUGUCAUCUGUGUGGGAAAGCCUUUAUUACAAGCUCUUGUCUUAAAAAACACGAGAGAACCCACACUGGAGAGAAACCAUAUAAAUGUCUCCUAUGUGGAAAAGCCUUUGUUACAAGCUCCAAUCUUAGAGAACAUGAGAGAACCCACACUGGAGAGAAACCAUAUAAAUGUCCUCUAUGUGAAAAAGCUUUUGUUACAAGUUCUAAUCUUCGAGAACAUGAGAGAACUCACACUGGAGAGAAACCAUAUAAAUGUCAUCUAUGUGGAAAAGCCUUUGUUACAAGCUCUUGUCUUCGAGAACAUGAGAGAACUCACACUGGAGAGAAACCAUAUAAAUGUCCUUUAUGUGGAAAAGGCUUUGUUACAAGCUCUUGUCUUAGAAAACAUGAGAGAACCCACACUGGAGAGAAACCAUAUAAAUGUCCUCUAUGUGGGAAAGCCUUUGUUACAAGUUCUAACCUUAGAGAACAUGAGAGAACUCAUACUGGAGAGAACCCAUAUAAAUGUCCUCUAUGUGGAAAAGCCUUUGUUGAGAGCCCUAAUCUUAGAGAACUUGAGAGAACUCAUGCUGGGGAGAACCCAUAUAAAUGUCCUCUAUGUGGAAAAGCCUUUGUUACAAGCUCUUGCCUUUGAAGACACGAAAGAACUCAACUCUAAAUGCAGUAAAUGAACACAGAAGAGCCUUCAGCCACAGCUCAAACCAAUCCCAGAACUCCUAAAUGGGGGAAAUUCUAUGGCCAUAUUCAUUAUGGAAGUGCUUUCAUUUCUAAUUUAUCAUUACAGAACAUGAGUGAACUCCAUUUGGAGGAACCUUAUAUUUAUAAUAAAGGAGGAAGAGACAUUAGAUGAUCUCCGGAUGUAGGAUGCAGAAGAAAAUUCACUAUGAAUAAUCUAACCUCCCUAAAAUGGGAAAUUACACAAUUACAGAUGGAGGUCACUCUAGUAGAAUAGCAAAAAUUAAUGCUGGAGAGCUUAUUCAUUGUAAUAUGCAUGGAAAAAAUCUUUAUUAGUAGAAAAACUUGUAGGCAUGUGAAGUUUCACACUCUGUAGAAUAGAGAAUGAAUGGAAGUCUUCAGUGAUUUUUAAUUCUUUAGUCAACAUGCAAUUUUCUCACACUGUAUAUAUGCCAUUGCUAAAAUCAGAUGAAAGGUUAGAGUUUGCAUCAGAAAUUCCCAACUAGGAAAAACAUAUCAAGAAUGAACAACAUAAACAACAGUUUAGACGUUAUAGUUUUGCCUAAUGGCUUAUUAUAAAAGUGUAAGAAACGUGGGAUUAUUACAUCUGGGAAUUCUAAAUGCAGGAUUUUGUGACAAUAAUGUUUUUUUUUUUUUUUUUUUUUUUUAACUAGUACUUAGAAAUGCAUAUGAAGCAAAGUUGUUGCUAGAAAAUCCAUUACGUUGGUCAGGUCCUAUUUUCCAUACAGCAAUAAUUAUGAUUGGGUUCAACUAGAAAUAACUUUGAAUAUUAACUGUAAAACAACACAGAAUGAUGUGUCAUUACAACAUAUUGUUAACCCUGUAUGUAGAUCUUGAUGAAUUAAAUAUUGAUACAUGGAUAGUUUGUGACUGAUUUUCGCUUAAAUUUUCAUUUUAAAACGCUAUUAUUGGGAUGAAGGGUAUAACAGAACAAUAAGGAGGGCCAGUUCAACAGCAGGACAUAACAUCUGUAAAUAUUUGCAUCCAACAUAGGAACACCAAUAUAUAGUAGCACCUGGGUGACUUAGUGAGUUAAGCGCCUGGCUUUGGCUUUGGUCAUGGUCUUGGGGUCCUGGGAUGGAGCCCUGUAUUAGGCUUUCUGCUCAGUGGGGAGCCUCCUUCCUCUCUCUCUGACCCUCCUGCACUCUUGCUCUCGCUUUUUCUCAAAAUCUUUUAAAUAUAUAAAAAAGGAACACCUAUAUAUAUGAAAUAUAUAAAUAGCUAAAGAGAGAAACAGCAAUACAGUGAUAGAACGGGGAAUUUAUUAUUUAUUUUUUUAGAAGGGGGACUUUAAUACACGUUUUCAUCAAUGGAUAAAUCAUUUAGGCAGAAAAUCUGUAAGAAAACAGACUUCAGUGACACAUUAGAUCAGAUGGACUUCACAGAUGGAUCCUCAAGACUCCAACAGCAGCGGAAUGCAUCCUUUUGUCAGGUGCACAUGAGACAUUCUCCAGGAUUGAGCAUAUGUUAGGACCUGUCAGGACCAUUGGAAAGUUGCUUUCUCUCUUAACCAAGCCACGUAGCUGCCCUAUUUCUCAUAAAAACCCAUGGUUUUCACUCUUUAGGUGGGACACUUCUGGUUAUUGCUUGAGUCUGUGCUCCCCAAACUGUAAUCAUUAAUCCCAAAUAAAUGCGCAUCUGUCUGCCUCUCA